GGGGCAGAACUCUUCCAACUACCAGAAGCGAAAAAUCGAGUAGGAAAAAAAAGGGAGAAAAGAUUCUUCAUCCGAUUCCUACCGCUUUCCAAGCGACCUCUCCAGUCUCCGGUCCAACUCCCUGCCCGCAACGAAACAAAACCCACCGCCGCUCCAUCGUACGGGCGCUCGCCUGCGCCGCGCGGAGGAGAGCCACGAAGAUGGCGGACACCAUCCUCCACGGCGCGGUCGUCGUCACCAUGGACGGCGAGCUCCGCGUCCUCCGCGACGGCGCCGUCGCCGUCGCCGGCGACCGCAUCGCCGCCGUGGGCCCCGCCGCCGACGUCCUCGCCGCCUUCCCCAGCGCCGCGCGGACCCUCGACCUCGGCGGCCGCAUCGUCCUCCCAGGGUUCGUGAACACGCACGUGCACACGUCGCAGCAGCUGGCGCGGGGGAUCGCCGACGACGUCGACCUGAUGACGUGGCUGCACGGGAGGAUCUGGCCCUACGAGUCACACAUGACGGAGGAGGACUCCUACGCCUCCACCCUCCUCUGCGGCAUUGAGCUCAUCCGCUCCGGGGUAACAUGCUUUGCUGAAGCAGGUGGGCAGUUUGUUUCCGAAAUGGCUCGGGCAGUGGAAUUGUUAGGUUUGCGGGCAUGUUUGACAAAGUCAACGAUGGAUUGUGGUGAGGGUUUGCCUACAAAUUGGAGUUCUUGCUCCACUGACGAUUGCAUUCAGUCACAGAAGGAACUAUAUGAAAAGCAUCAUAAUACAGCUGAUGGGCGUAUCAGGAUAUGGUUUGGGUUGAGGCAGAUCAUGAAUGCAACAGAUCGUUUACUGCUUGAAACAAGAGAUGUUGCCCAGAAGCUAAAUACUGGAAUCCAUAUGCAUAUUGCAGAAAUACCAUAUGAAAAUCAACUUAUAGUGCGGACCAAAGGAAUUGAUCAUGGCACGGUGACAUAUUUAGAGAAAAUUGAUUUUUUGAGGAGUAAUUUGUUGGCGGCCCACUCUGUCUGGUUGAAUGAACCUGAGAUAGGGCAUUUUUCAAAGGCUGGCGUCAAGGUUUCUCACUGCCCUGCAUCUGCGAUGCGGAUGUUGGGUUUUGCUCCUAUUAGAGAAAUGCUGGAUUCUGGUGUUUGUGUCUCCCUUGGUACUGAUGGAGCACCAAGCAAUAACAGAAUGAGCAUUGUGGAUGAGAUGUACCUAGCGUCUCUAAUUAACAAAGGACGUGAGGCAUACAUCAGUGGAACAACUAACCCAACUGCUCUUCCUUCUGAGACUGUACUGAAGAUGGCUACUAUUAAUGGCGCGAAAGCAGUUCUAUGGGAUAAUGAAAUAGGUUCGCUGGAGGUCGGGAAAAAGGCGGACUUGGUUGUAGUGAAUCCAUUUACAUGGUCCAUGGUUCCCUUACAUGACAGCAUUGCCAACAUUGUCUAUUGUAUGAGGACGGAGAAUAUAGAGUCUGUUAUGUGCAAUGGUCAGUGGAUUAUGAAGGAUCAUAAAAUCAUGAAUCUCAAUGAGGGCGUUGCACAUACUAGGUUUGCAUGCGGUGUUAAACUGCCGCAAACUUCAUUAGUUAGGAAAAGCAAUAAUGCUGGAAGGGGUACAUCCUCAGAUCUCUGAAGAUCAGAAACUUGAAAUGGAAGCCGCGUUUUAUCAGCUAAAAAAGAGGAGGUAAUUUCUUCAGCUGUGCAAAGAGCGAACGACCUCCUUGCGCGAGCUGGCAUCAAUCUCCCCAAACGGAUGAACUACGUGUAGUUAUUGCCUUGCCAGUUCGUCAUGCACUGCCACGACACCCUUUGCGGUGUUGCAGAUGAUGCACGCUCGCCCAAAGGAUAGAAGACAUGUUUACAGGACUGUUGGCGUCACAGUACUGAGUUGAAAAUAAUGUGCCGUAGCAUAGGUUUCUGGAAGGAAUAAGAGCAUCAUGAAAGUCUCGACUUAUAACAACUGUAAAGAAUCAAACUAUGAUAAAAAUAGUUCAUUUGACUAUUUUGGGCUAA